UGGAGCUCCCACAUGUCACUGCGGCACUAAGGAAUUUCAAACCCCUGCAACCACUUGGCCAUGGCUCUUGCCUUUUCCACCUCUACUCUUCUUCUUCUUUUACUCUUUAUUACUACUAUUAUCUUUCCUUAACCGUCACCGCUACUAGAAGGAAAAAAGCCCAACUCAUCACCUUUCUCUGGCUUUUCUCUGAAGCUCUUCUCCUAAAAGCUACAAUCUUUUUGCUAUUUUCAGGAUGGCUGUAGAUAAUCAUGUAUUUGUUGCGUGGGAAGAGCGGGUUAUUUCUCAAGAGAAGGGCCAUCGUGUUGUGCACUACUACUUGAAGGGUUUCUCGGGGGAGUCACUCCUUGCUGUGGUGGGUACUGAAAGAAGUAUAAGGCACAUAACAUAUGUUGUCUCAGAGGAUUAUUUGGAUGCUUUUGGGCAUACAAGAACUAUAAAUUCUGGAACAAAAUGGCGUACAAGACGAGAGGUAGUGGAAUGGCUGACGUUUUUGGUAUCAAAGCGUCGCCAAUCAUCACCUAUUUCAACUACCCUGACAAGUGAAACGAGAAAUUCUUUAAUGGCUGGUUUACCUAAUAGGGAGAGCCACAUAGCUGAUGAGGGCGAGCUUCCUAGAAAAUUGAAAGCCAGAAAAUCAAAUAUUUUCUGGUCAGGUACUGCUUGGACCUGCUCCCAGCAACUUAAGCAUUAUCCAUCUUUUCGCAGGAAUGGGACUAAAAUAGCUGUUAAUUCCUUUGCGAAAGUCAUGGCUGAAGAAGAAAAUCACUACCUUGGUUACUUGGAAGAUUUAUACGAGAACAAGAAGGGGCAGAAAAAAGCUAAGGUGCAGUGGUUUCACCAUAUUCAGAAAGUCCGAUGUGUAAUUCCUCAGCUUGAGGGACACCCUAGAGAAGUAUUUAUCACAUCUCAUGUUCAGGUGAUCAAUGCGGAGUGUAUUGAUGGCCCUGCUGCAGUUUUGACUCCCAGAGAUUAUGAGAAAUAUAUCUCUCUUGUCCCAAAAAGCUCGUCUUCUGGUGUCUACAUGUGCUUUAGGGAAUUCAGACACAACAAGGUCAUGCCAGUCUCUCUGAGUAAAUUGGAUGGCUACUAUAGUCAAACGAUAUUUACUAUGUUACGCAGUCAACAAGUUUCCCAGCAUAAGUCAAAGGGUCAUAAGUUGCAUGAAGUAAAACAUAUAGCCCAUGAAGAUCCUUUAGAGCGAGGGCCAAGGAGGAGUACAAGUGUCAAGGAGUAUCUGAAACUGCAGAGCGACCAUUCUGGUAUCAGAAAGUCAAUUCCCGGGAACCAGAUAGCAAAAGCUGAACCAACUUGCCAAAAGUUGAAAAUAAAAUUGUCAAGCAGAGGACCAGUUGGAAUUCAGCUAGUUCGGCCCAAGGUCCAAUAUAAGCUGUCUUUUGAAGUUGGUGACAACAUAGAGUUUCUUUGUCAGGAUAGUGGCAUGAGAGGCUGCUGGUUCAGGUGUAAGGUCUUACAGGUAUUACAUAAACGUCUGAAAGUUCAGUAUGAUGACAUUCAGGACUGUGACGGUCCAGGAAAGCUAGAGGAAUGGGUUCCCUCCUCCAGAGUUGCAGACACUGAUAAAUUGGGCAUGAGAUGCACAGGACGCCUCACAGUCCGGCCCCGGCCUCUGGAGGAUUCAUCUGAUCUUUCUUUUGAAGUAGGAGCUGCAGUUGAUGCUUGGUGGUGUGAUGGGUGGUGGGAAGGUGUUGUUGCUGGAAUUGAUGUUUGUGGAAGUGGUCAUCUUCAGGUUUACUUCCCUGGCGAGAACAGAUUCUUGGAGCUUCAAAUGAAGAAUGUGAGGGCUUCAAGAGAUUGGAUAGAUAACAAAUGGAUUGAAGUUAAGCGAAAGACAGACAUAAACUCAUUCAUAAGCUCAAGUUUAACUGAGGUAUCCAAGUGCAGUAUCAAAGUAGAGUCGACGUCUAAACACUCAAUGGAGAAGCAAGAUAGCAAUGUGGCUCCUAAACUGAAAAGGCGAUGGCGUAAUGAUUAUCUUGAAGGUAAGAAGAACUGAUUUCAGACAUGCUGCAGGUGAUAACUAUGGCGUCCAGGAGUCAAUUUUGUGAUAGUUUUGACAACCUCUACUAAUGGUGAAGCAAUAGAAGCAAGAAGAGAGUGACAAAUUAAUGCUUUUUUGGCACUGUGGGUAAAUUUUUUUGACUUGUAAGUAACUCUCAACGGUGCCCCAUUUUGCUUUUUUUUUUUUUUUUUUUUUUUUUUUGUAAAUAUAUAGGCCUUGAUAUAAAAAGAAGAAUUUACCCAAAUAGCCGCCCACCCUACCUCUUAAAGUAA